AUUUUUGGUUCUUAUUAUACAAAGAUGUUUUACUUAAUGGAUUUUAAAAUAGUGACAACGUUGCUAAUCGUAGUAGUGGGAAUCGGUGUUGAUUCAAAAGCGAUUGAUAAUUCAAAUCAAAUAAUCGUUCCACCGGCGCCGAAACAUCAAGGGAUAUUCUCUGACAGGCACGCGCAUCAAACAAUUGCGAAUCAAAUAAAAUCAUGGAAAGACACGGAUGUACAGAAUGUGUGGGAAAUGAGCGGCUUGUUCGAGGGAGACAUAAUGCUCGACAUUGAGGAAGAAGACGUUAAAAAUGGAUUGAUAAACACCAAAUACCGCUGGCCAGGCGGUGUUGUGCCCUAUCACAUAGAGGAAAGCGAUUUCGAUGAAGCUGAUAUCAAGGUAAUCAAAGGCGCUAUGGAGGAAUAUCACCAAAAUACGUGCAUACGUUUCCGUCCUUAUAAUAAAACCGAUAUAGAUUAUAUCACCAUCGAAGGAAAAAAUUCGGGCUGUUGGUCUUAUGUCGGUAGACUCGGGAAGGGCCAAGUGGUGAAUCUGCAAAAUCCUGGCUGCGUGCGCCAUGGCACUGUCGUUCACGAAUUAAUGCACGCGAUAGGUUUUUAUCAUCAACAGAGUGCUGCCGAUCGCGACGAAUGGGUUACGAUAAAUUGGCAGAACAUACAGUCCGGUAAAGAGCAUAAUUUUAAUAAGUACGAUGAUCGUACUGUUACGGACUACGGGAUCGGUUACGAUUAUACGAGCGUGAUGCAUUACAGCUCUCACGCGUUCUCCAAGAACAAGGAACCGACCAUCACGCCGAAAAAGGACAACGUGGAAAUUGGUCAACGUAAAGGACUCAGUGUUAAGGAUCUGCUGAAAGUGGUAGCUAUGUAUAAAAACGUAUGUAAGACUGCACAAGUGGACAGCACAGACGAAUCGUCAGAAGAUUUGUCUUUUACCAUUGAGCUGAAAGGUGAUUCGGCGUGAAGUUAAUA